AUAUAAUUCGAUGUAAUGGCAUGGCAGCCAUUUUAAACUGUAAAUUCAUUGAAUAUUAUCCUAUUGCUAACAAUUGUUAUAAUUUAUAUUUAUGAUGAAUUUCCUUUGAUGGUUAAGGAAUUGCUGAGGAAUUUAAUUAUUACUACUUUAUCUCGAAAUAUAGUAUCCCGUUGUUAUAUUUAAUAUUUUUUAAUUGAAAUAUAUAAUGAGUUUUUUUGGAUUCGGCCAGUCUGCUGAAAUAGAAGUAAUACUAGAUGGCCAAGAUAGUAGAAAAACUGCCGAAGUUAAAACAGAAGAUGGCAAAAAGGAAAGAUUAUUUUUGUACUACGAUGGUGAGACAAUAUCAGGGAAGGUAAACGUUAGUCUGAAGAAACCUGGUACUAAGCUAGAACACCAAGGAAUAAAAAUUGAAUUUAUUGGUCAAAUUGAAAUGUUUUAUGAUAGGGGAAAUCAUCAUGAAUUCAUAUCUUUAGUAAAAGAACUCGCCAGACCUGGAGACAUGAUUGCACACUCCAGUUAUCCUUUCGAAUUUAGUAAUGUAGAGAAGCCAUUUGAAGUAUAUACAGGUACCAAUGUGAGAUUACGAUAUUUUCUGAGAGUGACAAUCAUAAGGAGAUUAGCUGAUGUGAUGAAAGAAAUUGACAUUGCAGUACAUACUCUAUCCAGCUAUCCAGAAAUGAAUAAUUCCAUAAAAAUGGAAGUAGGCAUCGAAGACUGUCUUCACAUUGAGUUUGAAUACAAUAAAUCAAAAUAUCACCUAAAAGACGUUAUCGUUGGAAAAAUUUAUUUCUUAUUGGUUCGAAUAAAAAUAAAACACAUGGAAAUUGCGAUUAUAAAAAAGGAAUCUACUGGUCAGGGUAAUACAACGUAUACUGAAAGUGUAAAUAUUGCAAAAUAUGAAAUUAUGGAUGGGGCACCAGUGAGAGGCGAAAGUAUUCCUAUUAGAGUGUUCUUGGCUGGAUACGAAUUGACGCCUACAAUGAGGGACAUAAACAAAAAGUUUUCUGUUAGAUACUUUUUAAAUCUCGUUUUAAUGGAUACUGAAGAUAGAAGAUAUUUUAAGCAACAGGAAAUAACUCUAUGGAGGAAAGGUGAUAAACUUCGAAAGCCUAACUUGCAAAGCCCCGCCAUCAUGGCUGGCACCCAAAAUCUCCAGAACACCGCUCAACAUUACCAACAGCAACAGACUGAAGACAGCGAACGAAAGACGUCGACGGUAAAGGAGGAUUUCUUGAGAGUGCCUAGUUCAAAUUCGAACGACAAACUCAAUUCUGCCGAUCCAUUUGACCAACAAGUAUCGUCGCCGACGGAGAGUCCGGAAAAUCUGAUACAGAACAUGACAAGGGAGGCAGGCGAUGGACAGAACGAUAUAGGAAAUGAUCAUUUGGAGUGAUAUAAUGACUGGCUGAAAUGUGAUGUUAAUAUGUUGGAUAAAAACAGAAGGUUAUUUUUAAGGGCGAAAGUGUUAAGAAACGUGCACGUAAUUUGUAAAUAAAGUCAUUGUUAUUAUAUUUACAGUUGUAAUGAACUGUCUCUGUAUAUGAAGCAAAUUUAUUAAUUUACAUAUUUUAAUUUUAUUGUAUAUUUCUCAUCUAGCUGAUUAAAAAAAGUUAUUGAA